AUGGCUGAUAAGCGAGCUAGAGGAGUUUGUUAUGGUUGUGAUGAGAAGUUUGAGAGGGGCCACCGUUGUGCUAGGAAACAACUCUACUUACUGGAAAUAGAUGAGGGGGUACAUGCUGUUGAAAUCGACUCUGAUCCAAUUAAUGAAGAAAUAGGUGAGGAAGAAAAUCUCAUGAUUUCAAUACAUGCUAUUAAUGGCUCUUCCUCAAGGGGCUUUAUAACUAUGAGAGUUACUGGGAGGAUUGGAAGGAGGGCACUUCAUAUCCUCAUUGACUCAGGGAGCACUCACAACUUCCUUGAUCUGCAAGUAGCCAAAAAGUUGGGCCUGUUACUCACUGGGGUGAAUCCAGUAUAUGUUGAUGUGGCUGAUGGAAACCGGUUGGAAUGUAAAUCUAUGUGUAAAGGAUUACAAUGGUCACUGCGGGGUACCACCUUUGUAACUGAUGUGCUUCUUUUGCCCUUGAGAAGUUGUGAUAUGGUUUUGGGCAUUCAAUGGCUAGAGACAUUAGGUGAUAUCCAAUGGAAUUUUAAAACCUUAACUAUGGAUUUCACCUUGAAUGGUAUGAGACAUUUGCUGAGAGGAGGCCACAAUGAGCAGAUUGUACAUGCUGUCUCAGAUAGGGAAAUGAGAAAAAUUCUUGGCCAUAAUGAGGGAAUCCAGUUAUGUUGUAUCCAACUAAAUGAUGAGGGCCACUCUGAGCUAUUUGCUGUGCAGGACAAUGGUGAGGAGAAACAACAAAUCCCUCAUCCUAUCCAACUAUUCUUGGAAGAGCAGACCUCUGCUUUUGCCGAACCAACCACCUUGCCCCCUAUGAGGUCCCACAAGCAUAAAAUCUCCCUUGUUCAUGAUGCCACUCCAGUCAAUUCAAGAUCUUAUAGGCAUUCUGCCUUACAGAAAAAUAUCAUUGAGAAACAAGAUAAGUACCCUAUUCCUCUCAUUGAUGAGCUUUUGAAAGAACUUAGAGGAGCUACUGUCUUUUCCAAAAUUGAUUUGAGGGCUGGCUACCAUCAAAUCAGAAUGGAGGUGCAAGACAUUCCUAAAACAGCAUUUAAAACUCAUGAUGGCCACUUUGAGUUUGCUGUAAGGCCCUUUGGCCUCACAAAUGCUCCUGCCACAUUUCAGAGUUUGAUGAAUGAUGUAUUUAGGCCUUUCUUAAGGAAGUUUGUGCUGAUAGAGUAUCUUGGCCAUAUAAUCUCUGAGAAGGGGGUCUCUACUGACCCUAAGAAGGUUCAAGCUAUGCAGACCUGGCCCACUCCUUCUGAUGUCUCCAAGCUGAGGGGGCUCCUUGGCCUCACUGGCUAUUACAUAAAAUUUAUGGCAUCAUUUGCAAACCUCUCACUGAUCUUCUUCGGAAAGAUGCUUUCCAUUGGGAUGCAGAAGCUGAUAAAGCCUUCCUAG